AGACAUGCGAGAGAGUUUUAUCGUGCGCUUACCGAAAUGAAACUACACGGCUGGAGAAAGUGAGAGCCAACACGUUGUGAGUAAAGGUGGGCAACGACGAGCAACGACGAGCAACGACGAGAGUGUAGCCUUCAGUCCUGGAGUCAUCCAGUCGAGAGAGGAUAGAGAUGGUGAUGAGCCCUCGACCAAGCGCGGACCUCUCUGCCGCUGAUUAGUUUGACAGAUCCUUUGAGAGAAACACUUCUACUCUUUUAAUAUUGUUUUCUUUUCAAAUUGGAAUAAGAAGGAAAGAUUCAUCGUAAAGAUGACGAAGAGAACGAAGAUCAAGUUUGAGGAAGGAAAGAGAAGAAGUCUUUAAAGGUCGAGGGCUUCAAAAUAUCCAUUCUUUUUUAGUUUCUUUUUAUUUUAUUUUUAAUUUUAUUUUACUUUAUUUUUUAUUUAUUUAUUAUUUUUUUCAUUAAAAUCGUCCUAUCGAUCAUAAAUACGUGAUUUUUUUUUAUGUGAUUGUGCGUGGGAGAGUCGAAAAAGUGUGCUUUCGGUGAUUUGGUUUUUUUCCUCUAUCCCUCUCUUUCUCUCACUCUUCGUUUUUUUUCCUUUUUUUUUUUUUCAUUCGACGAAAUACAUAGUGUUUCUGAUCAAGUCCAGUGAUCUUCUCAUCGAUUCGAUUAUUAAUCGGAAAUGUGGCUCGAUCUUGAUUAAGAUCGUGUCACUUGUGUUAACUUAUGAUCGUGUCCAUUCGAGUUAGAAGAAGAGUAAGUGGUGAUAGUGUUGGUGAAGAAGAAGAACAAGAAGAAGAGGGAAGGAAACAAGAGGAAGGAUUAUUGUUACAAAGAAAAUUUUAUCUCCUUUCGUUCGAUUUUCCAAGAGUAUUGGAUACUAUAGUGACUCUAACGAGAGUGACUCUCUACUCGAAAGAGACCAAGAGAAAUCCAGAAAAGGUCAGGUUCGCGUAGGCUGCACGGAAGAUCGACUUCGAUCUCUUCCAACUCGAAAGCAAACAAUGGGGUUGGCGACGAAGUGCCAUUGGUUUUUCAUAGGACUGGUUCUCGUACUCUCUUCGAAGAGCCAGGCCAGCCAAGACACUGAUCGUCCAAAAAAAUUCCAUCUUGAAAGGAUCGAUACCGUUAUGAUUCCGUUGCAUACUGAUACAAGUGAUAAUAAUCGAACUACCGAACGGAUUUUAAGUCCAAUUCGUAAACGAAGAUACGUUCGUUUUCCCAGUGGUCCAGGUGGAUAUGUUUAUGAAUCUAGUGGCUCGGCUAUUGGUCCAAGAAACGUCGGAACUUAUCCAGCUGCACGUUUUGGACCACAACCACAAUUUUCAUCACCUUGGAGGCAGUAUAAGUCCCUUUGGAGAAGUCCCGUUUCUGAAUACUCCAGACCGGUGAUGGGUCAUCGAACUCCGAGGUUGAUAUUCCGUGACAACGAUUUUCUACCGCCUGCUGGUGGAGGAACUACGACUUUCUUUCAAUCCAAUCAGUUGCCUGACUUUGAGGAUGACGUUAGAGAAUCGCGUCAAGAGAAAAGACCGCUUUGGAAGGGCGACGAUACUUUGUGCUCCGACGGACGAACCUGUGAAUUUUUUCUAAUGUGCUGGAUGUCCGCUGGCUUAUUGGACGGCAGUUGCGGUGGCAUUAUGUUCGCUUGUUGUCACCGAAAAGAUCCUAAAGCUAUCUCCGAUUCUAACUUCCUCGAGACGCCUCGAGAUCAAUCUCAACCGCUUCCGCUGGAUACAUACACGGAUGCUACCAAUGACGAUCAUUGCGGUAUACCAGUUUCGAAGCAAACAGCUCAAAGAAGAAUCGUUGGUGGUGACGAAGCUGGCUUUGGAAGUUUUCCUUGGCAGGCUUAUAUACGAAUAGGAUCCAGUAGAUGUGGUGGUACAUUAGUCAAUCGGUACCAUGUUGUAACAGCUGGUCAUUGCGUAGCCAAAGCUUCGGCACGUCAGGUACAAGUUACCCUUGGAGAUUACGUGGUCAAUUCAGCGAGCGAAUCACUACCUGCUUAUACUUUUGGUGUUCGAGAGAUUCGAGUUCAUCCUUAUUUUAAAUUCACACCACAAGCAGAUAGAUUCGACGUAGCAGUGCUCAGAUUAGAUCGACCGGUUCAUUACAUGCCACACAUUUCGCCAAUUUGCCUGCCAGAGAAAAACGAAGACUUUUUAGGUCAAUACGGUUGGGCUGCUGGAUGGGGUGCUCUUCAAGCUGGUUCGAGAUUACGGCCAAAGACACUUCAAGCAGUCGAUGUACCAGUGAUAGACAAUCGCAUUUGUGAAAGGUGGCAUCGUUCGAAUGGUAUCAACGUGGUCAUCUAUGAUGAGAUGAUGUGUGCUGGGUAUCGUAGUGGUGGUAAAGAUUCCUGUCAAGGCGACAGUGGAGGUCCUUUAAUGUUGGAGAAAACAGGAAGAUGGUACCUCAUAGGAAUCGUAUCAGCUGGUUACUCCUGUGCUCAACCAGGACAACCAGGGAUUUAUCAUCGUGUAGCAAAAACAGUCGAUUGGAUAACUUACGUUAUUAAUUCGUAGCAUCAACAUGGAUCCAAUUGUUUUUCUAUCGUUGUUAUUUUUUGUGUGCAUCAUGAACUUUGCAUGACACAAAGUUCUUGAAUGAAGAUCGAGAAUUUAUUCGCAAAGGAAGUCCGUCUUCAAAAUCCAAGAACCUCAAACGUUCAGUAAUAAAAGAAGACAAUAAGUUUGUUCGUCAAAGACACUUGUAGGAAUGAUUCGUUAUCUAUUUCCUUUACGUGAUACGCGUUGAGAUUUAUGUUUACGAUUAUAAUCUCAGCCAUUUUUUUUAACGAGAAUUAUUGUAAAUAUUCGAAGGAGUUAUAAAUAACACAGCAUUAAUUUAAGUUAAUUUUUGAAGGCACUCGAAGUCGAGAUUAAUCGAGAUUAAUCGUGUUUAUUCGAUUACGCGUUAUAUCAAUUGUCCGGGUGUGAUAUUUGUUUUGUAAUAACGCUUAAUAAAUCUUUUUCUUUUGUGUAUAUAUAUAUAUAUAUAUAUAUUCCUUUUUAUUUUUAUUAUUUUUUGAUAUCCAAUCAAUUAAAUAUCUUACGCAAAGAUUAAUUUUAUAAUUUGAUUAUUAAUCCCAUAAUUUCAAGAUUGGGGGUGGGAUGUAGUUGGAAAGGAAGCAAGAGAGAGGUACGAAGAUUACGAAUAAAACACGCAUAAAUCUUUUUGUACGUUAAAAACAUAUCGUUCCUUAUUUUGACAUUCACUAUUUUUUCAACACAAGCUAUAAUAGCGUCGCAAAUAAAUCAACGCGUUUUUAAGUAUUUCUAUAUCUCGUUUGCAUUAGAAUAAGUACACAUUUAUUAUCUUGACCGCGUUAAUGUUAAGUGCAUUGCGACAACGAGCGAUUCGCUAUUUGCUUGUCGGUCAAUUCCAUCAUUGUUGUUUUUCUUUUUCUUUUAUUUAUUUAUUUUUUUUUUCUUUUUUUUUCUUCUAUGCACGAGGUUCUUCGUGUUUUAUCAUUAUCACCUAUUAUAAUACAUUAAGGAUAAACGAUACCAGUUAUAAAAAAACUCGUGAAAUUGUUCAACUUUUCGAAUUAAUUAUUAUCGAUUUUAAGUUAACAAAAAAUAUGACUGGAUAGAUCGAAUUGUUGAAUCUUCAAAUAAAUGCAAAGCUAUCGGGAAAGUAUAAAUAUGUAUAUAUGUGUAUAUAUAUAUAUAUAUAUAUAUUUAAUAUAUAUAUAUAUUUAAUAUAUAUUAUUUAUAUCACGAGAAAUCGAUAACUGGUCUCGAUCCCAAAUUCAAAUCUAGCUAAUAAUUACAUGCGAAAUCAAUUCAUUUCUAAUAAGAUUAUACAUCGAAGACUCAUCCCGAAAUUCGCAAUAAGAAAAGAGAAGAUAUUAAAACGCUAUUAAGUAUCUCGAAUUAUUUGUAGAAUUCAAGAAAAUUUUUUAACGUUUCUUUUCUUUCCUCUUCUUUCUUUUUCUUCAAAUUAAAAAUAAACUCAACAUCCU